AAGGUUGCGCCAGUGACAGCUCAAGUGGAGUUUGAGGUAGCAGCUCAGCCACUGACUGACUUUGAAGCAAGGCAGAUGAUGUCAUCGUCACGACACCUGAGCAGCAGCUGGCUGAGGCAGCUUCUGCCUGUCCUUUUGAAGCUCUGCCUCACUUUUGCUGGUCCACUGCGGCCCCUCAAUGGAAGCGAAUGCACGGCCAAAGGCCCUGCUUCUUACAUUGUGGUGUUUACGGGCCACUGGAGCCCGCAGGCCUUCCCCAAGCAGUAUCCCCUGUUCCGGCCCCCUGCCCAGUGGUCCAAGCUCAUAGCGGUGAGCCAUAAUCGCCAUUUUCGGCUGUGGGAGGAGGGUUCUCCGGCCAGUGAAGGGGUGCAGAACUUUGCUGAACUCGGAGUGACGGUGGAGCUGAUGAAGGCGGCCAAGGAUGCUAGGAGGAGACGCUCAGUCGGCGCCAUGUACCGGACGGCCGGCAUCCCUAACGGAAUCGGGCACAGCUCCACGGAGCUGCUUGUGCAUCCCAGGAGCUCACUGCUGUCUGUGUUGGUGAAGAUGAUCCCCAGCCCGGAUUGGUUCGUCGGUGUAGACGGCCUUAACCUUUGCGAGGGUAAUCAAUGGAAACAGGACGUGACCAUUGACCUCCAACCUUUCGAUGCUGGGACAGACAGCGGCUUCACCUUCUCCUCCCCCAACUUCCCCACCAGCCCUCAGGAAAAUAUUACAAAGAUCACCUCUCAAAUGCCAAACCACCCGGCCAACUCCUUCUACUAUCCACGCUUAAAGGAACUUCCACCCAUUGCCAGCAUAAAGCUCACUCGGCAGAGCAGAUCCCUUCACCGCCAGGUCCCCAUGUCCAAUCAUAUCCUUCCAAACUCCUUCAGUCCUCAGAGAUUCUCAGUGACACCCCUGGACUGUGAAGUGUCUCUGUGGUCAUCCUGGGGCUUGUGUCUGGGGCCCUGCUCCAAGGGCGGCGUCCGCCAUCGCACACGCUACAUCCUCCUACCACCGGCCAACACCGGCGUCCCCUGUCCUGAGAUGGAGGAACAGGCUGAAUGUGUGCCACACAGCUGCAUGAAGCGCCAGUAACCCACAGAGCAUGGGUGCUGCCAGUAUUCGACACUGGGACUCAUGAUAUUACUGCUGGACUGAGAAACUGUACUGCGUUAUUUCUCUGUAAUGCAAUAGAU